AUGGAAGAUAAUGGGUUUGGUUUAGCAGGCAGUUGCUUAAUGUGUGGUGGAAAAUCCAGUAAAAUCGUUGUAAGGAGCUCCCGUGGCUGCAGAGCGGAGCUGGAGAGCAACAUGCUGGAGAAGAUUCAGAAGGCGCUCACGAUUCGUAGCGGCACCAUCAGGGAGAUGCUGGCAGAAGCGCUGGGGAUGUUCAUCCUCAUGGUCUUUGGCUUGUCUUCUGUGGCGCAAGUGGUACUUGGAAGAGGAGACUUUGGGCAGCAUCUGAGCAUCAAUUUGGGAUUUGGCAUUGGUGUUACCUUGGGCAUCCAUGCAGCUGGAGGAAUCUCUGGAGCUCAUCUGAACGCUGCCAUCACCCUUACACACUGCAUUUUAGGAAACCUCCCCUGGAGAAAGCUCCCAGCUUAUCUGAUGGGCCAGUUCCUGGGCUCCUUUACAGCAGCAGCCACCGUCUUUGCCCUCUACUACGAUGCUCUGUACGAUUACACCAAGGGGAACUUCACAGUGACAGGACCAACCGCCACAGCGUCGAUCUUCGCCACUUAUCCUGCUCCUCAUGUAUCUUUGCUGGGGGGCUUCUUCACAGAGUUUAUGGCGACAGCGAUGCUGCUCCUGGGCAUUCUGGUCAUUCACGACGAGAAAAACAACGGAGCCCUGAAAGGCACGCAGGCCUUGCUCACGGGUAUCCUGGUCCUGGGCAUCGGCCUGGGGAUGGGGAUGAACACAGGCUACGCCAUAAACCCCUCUCGGGACCUGCCCCCCAGGGUCUUUACAGCAAUUGCUGGCUGGGGAAUGGACGUCUUCACGGCUGGACAUCACUGGUGGUGGGUCCCACUCACAGCUCCGGUUCUGGGAAGUCUUGCUGGUGUUCUAAUUUACAAACUCUUCAUUGAUCUUCACAAUCGACCUGUCCUGGAAAGUCUAAAUGAGAAAGGACAGCCAGCGGUGCAGAUUUCUACAUUGUGA